UUUGAGCCGAAUAAAUAAUCCGAGCCAAGUUGGGCUUUCUCGACGGAGCUUCUGACCGAAUCAGAAGCUUCGAGUAUUUAUUAUUCGAUUUCUCUUUGCACGCUAUUAGUAGAAGAAGGAACCUCUCGGUUUCAGAUCCAAUUUCACCAACUUCGACUCCUCUAGGGUUUUCUGAUCACUUGUUGUUCGGUUGUUUAGCGUGUCUGAGCCAUGGCUUCGAAGAGGAUUCUGAAAGAGCUCAAGGAUUUGCAGAAGGAUCCUCCUUCUAACUGCAGCGCAGGUCCCGUGGCUGAGGACAUGUUCCAUUGGCAAGCAACUAUCAUGGGACCUCCUGAUAGUCCCUACGCAGGAGGAGUCUUUUUGGUUUCCAUUCACUUUCCUCCGGAUUAUCCCUUCAAGCCACCAAAGGUGUCUUUCAAGACAAGGGUAUACCACCCAAACAUCAACAGCAACGGAAGCAUUUGUCUUGAUAUCCUGAAAGAACAGUGGAGCCCUGCUCUUACCAUCUCCAAGGUUUUGCUGUCGAUCUGCUCGUUGCUGACGGACCCGAACCCAGAUGAUCCGCUUGUGCCAGAGAUUGCUCACAUGUACAAGACGGAUAAGUCCAAGUACGAGUCAACUGCACGAAGCUGGACGCAGAAGUACGCCAUGGGAUGAUGAAUAAUAAGAGACUCGGAAGUGGUGGGGUCGAAGACAAGCGAAGCAUAACGUUUAUCUGAGCAUCCUAAAAUAUAUAUCAAAACAUAAAAAAUGCAUGUGUGUUGGCUUUUACUAAACGCUAUUAUGUGACAUCAUAAUCCAGCAAAACUUAUAUGCUCGUACUCUUCUCUACUAAUCAUCUAUUUGGGUUUUUUA